CACCGGGUCAGAUAGAAGUCCUUGUCACAAUGACAACAAACAAGCCAGCCAGAAGCAGAGAUCGCCCAUGUGCAUCACACUUCGAGUUUAUCUCCGUCGUGGGUGACAAUGUAGCCGGAGAUGCAGCCACGCGGCGACGCGUUCGCAGUCACGCGAUGGUCGACUAUCGCCGACGAACCGCUAAACCCAGGCGAAAGGAAACCAUAGCUACUGAGGUUGAUACGAACCCGCUGCUGCAGGGCUCUGCUUCGUUACCUCUGCCUUUUUCUCCGCCAUUGCAUGAAAAGCAGCAGUCCUGCACAGAUGGCUCUGUCGCGUUAGCUCCGCUCUCAAUGCUGGAUGCAAGCCGAUCGGACCCCUUCGGGACAUUCCCGAUCGAUACCGAUCGACGAACUCGUCGGCUCUGGGACCAUAUGUACGAUGGAACUUGUUCCAUGUUUCGAACCAUGCUCGACAUCGGCUUCCUCGAUGUCGUCCGUGAAACCAUCGCUCUAUCGCAAUUGUUAUCAGCCUCAUCGAAACACUUGGGACAUCUAUACGCCGACGACAGCAGCAUGGAUCACUACAGAUACACCGUUCAUGCGACAACUCUCCUGCAGCAGCGUCUAGGAGACCCCGCGACUUUUGUUUCCGACGAGGUGGUCGUUGCUGUGCUGGCCUUCUGUUGUUAUGCUAACAUGACGCGGGAUCCAAAGCUUUUGAACGUUCACAUGGAUGGUAUAUCCCGUAUCCUUGACUGCAGAGGUGGCGCCCAGUCUCUCGACUCUAACCCGCUGCUGAGGACCAUGCUGUAUUGGGUGGAUGUCAAUGGCGCAUAUAUCCAAGACAGUGUGCCUCGAUACCAACAACCUCUAGCGAUCCUGGCCGGUCGCAGUAAGCUCACCAUGGCCUCGUAUCGGUUCAACUUAUUGCUUGAGGGCGGAACGAACCGCCACGUCUUUGUCUCAUAUAUUCGUCAGAGCCUUGCCGAGUUGCAUAUGAUCAUGCUGUCCGAGUUAUUGAAACGGGAUCUCUGCUCUGACUCCACGAUACCAUAG